AUGACUCCCCCAGCUGCCACCUCGCCUACCUCGCGCUCUGCCGAGCUUGCGACCCCUACAACCAAGCUACCCCUGAACAUUGGCUCCAAGACCAAGACGGUCGAUGAAAUGAUGGGUCAGUGGGACAACUUCAAGUUCGCCCCCAUCCGCGAGAGCCAGGUCUCGCGGGCCAUGACUCGCCGCUACUUCCAGGACCUGGACCAGUACGCCGAGUCUGACAUCGUCAUCAUUGGCGCUGGCUCUUGCGGUCUCAGCGCUGCCUAUGUCCUCGGCAAGAAACGCCCGGACCUGAAGAUUGCCAUAAUCGAGGCCUCCGUGUCCCCUGGUGGCGGUGCCUGGUUGGGCGGACAGCUCUUCUCGGCCAUGAUCAUGCGAAAGCCUGCUGAUGCCUUCCUCCGUGAGGUCGGUGUUCCCUACGAAGAUGAGGGCAACUAUGUCGUGGUCAAGCAUGCCGCGCUCUUCACCUCGACCAUCAUGUCCCAGGUCCUCCAGCUUCCCAAUGUCAAGCUGUUCAACGCCACCUGCGUCGAGGACCUCAUGACUCGCCCGUCUGAUGAAGGAGUCCGCAUCUCUGGUGUCGUGACCAACUGGACUCUCGUAUCCAUGCACCACGACGACCAGUCCUGCAUGGAUCCCAACACCAUCAAUGCUCCUCUCGUCGUCUCUACCACUGGCCACGAUGGCCCCAUGGGAGCUUUCUCUGUCAAGCGCCUUGUGAGCAUGCAGCGCAUCGAAAAGCUCGGAGGCAUGCGUGGCCUCGACAUGAACACCGCCGAAGAUGCCAUUGUCAAGAACACCCGUGAGAUUGUUCCUGGUCUGAUCGUUGGUGGUAUGGAACUCUCUGAAGUCGAUGGAGCCAACCGCAUGGGUCCAACCUUCGGUGCCAUGGUCCUCAGUGGUGUCAAGGCUGCUGAAGAGGCUCUCAAGGUCUUUGACAUCCGUAAGAAGCAGAACGCCUUCUAG